AUGCAAGAGCUUACUUCCACAUUCAUGUCUCGUUCCUUCCUCCCGACCACUUCUCCUCGGCUUCAAAUGCGACCAAGAUCAUUGGUUUGCAUGACCGUUUGCAUGGACCAAUCACGCAAGGAGAAAGUGGUUGUCAUAUUGGGAGCCACCGGGACAGGCAAGUCACGCCUCUCAGUUGAUCUAGCAACCCGUUUCUCCGGUGAGAUCAUCAACUCUGACAAGAUCCAAUUCUACAACGGCUUGGAGAUUGCCACAAAUCAAAUCACAAUACCUGAGCGGUGUGGAGUCCCUCACCACCUACUAGGCGAGCUUCCUCCCGACGGUGAACUAACCGCUUCCGAGCUCCGCACUUUGGCGUCACGGUCAAUCUCUGAGAUUGCCUCUCGUGGGAAGCUCCCGAUAAUAGCCGGUGGAUCAAACUCCUUCGUUCAUGCCCUCCUUGUCGACCAUUAA